GUACGCGCAUCUUAUGCAAGAUGGUCGUAGCCCAUUAGAUAUAUUUCAACAACCUCCGACUCAAUCUUUUUCCUAUGAUACUAUCCACCACGAGCACUUCUCUCUUCAAUUGAGCGACCUGAAUAUUCAAAAACGAGCCUACAAGCCUCUAUACAGCAAACACAAUGACCGUACGUAUGAAUGGAGAGUCGAACGGCGCCACCCAUGGCCCAACAAACGGUACCACGAACGGCACCCAUCCCGUCCAGAGACUACCGAAAUCCUCUCCAUACCAGAGCUAUCAAGAUUGCUUUUCAAAUGUUGCCAAAUACAAGAUCAUCGAUUCAACAUUAAGAGAGGGCGAACAAUUCUCGAAGGCAUACUUCACAUCCGAAGAUAAGAUCAAGAUCGCCAAGGCCCUAGACUCCUUCGGCGUCGACUACAUAGAAUUGACGAAUCCGUGCUCGAGUCCACAGUCCUUCGAAGACUGCAAAAGGAUCGCCAGCUUAGGCCUCAAGGCCGUUGAGACAGGCGUCGAUGGAGUCAAUCUCGUCAUAGGCACAUCCAGCUUCCUUCGCGAGUUCUCGCACGGCAAGAGCAUGGAGAUGAUCCAGAAGACGGCGCUCGAGGUCAUCGCAUACGUCAAGAGCCAAGGUGUCGAAGUUCGAUUCUCAUCCGAGGAUUCGUUCCGCUCGGAUCUCGUCGAUCUCCUUGUUCUUUACCAGGCGGUUGAUAAGGCCGGCGUGAACAGGGUUGGUAUUGCAGAUACUGUAGGAGGAGCUACUGCGAGGAUGGUGUACGAUCUUGUGCGAAGGCUUCGCGGUGUUGUGCACUGUGAUAUUGAGUGCCAUUUCCAUGAUGAUACAGGUACGUGCUUCGGGCAGAACGCACAUAGUGCUCUCGAGGCUGGAGCUACACACAUUGACACCUCUGUCCUUGGUAUUGGUGACAACGGUAUAACCCCGCUAGGAUCCUUGAUGGCCCGUAUGAUCGUCACAGCCCCGGAAUAUACCAAGGCCAAGUAUAAUCUCAUGGAGCUUAAGGCUCUUGAGACACUUGUCGCCGAUAUAGUGCAAAUAACUAUUCCAUAUAACAACUGUGCAUUCACACAUAAGGCAGGCAUUCAUGCCAAGGCCAUACUCAACAACCCUUCGACCUAUGAGAUUAUCAACCCCGAGGAUUUCGGUCUCUCUCGCUACGUGUGCAUCAAUAGCCGCAUAACUGGCUGGAAUGCCGUGCGUAGUCGCGCUGACCAGCUGGGUCUAUAUAAUAUGUCGGAUGAUCAGAUAAAGCAGGUCACCGCCAAGAUUAAGAAAUUGGCCGAUAUCCGCCCCCUGGGGAUUGAAGACACAGACAGUCUAUUGCGGUCGUUUCACCUUGAACUUCAGGCAGCAGCAUAAAUAAAUGAACGAGGGGGGGUAUCGAAGUGAUCUGGUUUUUUAAGCGCAUGUUUAGCGAAUUUAGGGUAAAAGGCAAAAAUGAAUACUUCGGUUCUCUUAUGGGAAACUGAUCAUGACUGUUGAGGAACAAGAAAAAAAAAAUAGUUCAAUAGUCC